AGUGAAUGUGUAUUCGCCAGCUGCAGACCUAAAAAGCGAAAAGAAUUUUUGUAAAUUGUGGAAAAUAUUAUUAAACAUUAUUUUAAAUCAACAAUAAUUCAGCAAAUAUGAGUCAAAUUGUAAUACCUCACACGGCCUACAAAAGGACCACAGACAAACAGUACAGCUUAAUGACGCACGAAAUGGCCGGGUUAUCGCUUCAAAGUUGUAGAGGUAAAAAUGCCGAUGCUAUAAUGCAUUGGAACAAUUUAACGGAAAAACUAAACGAACUUGGGCCACCCUAUCGUACAGUACAACAAUGGAGAAAGGUCUGGUCCGAUCUACGCUUACACAUUACAAAGCGAAAAGCGAAAAAACCCAAAAAGCCCAAAAAAACUAAAAAAGAACCAAAACAUGUUGAAGAAGAUAACCUAAUGGAAGCCUUAAAUAGUUCAAUCUCUAUUUAUGGGACACAUAUAGAUCACAGUGACAAUGAAGAAAUUGAAGACGCGAUAAAAGACAAUGAGACUUACGAAGAUUUUGAAGAAGAGCAUAGUGGCAAUGAACAAAUUAAAGAUGCGAUAAAAGAGGAGGAGACUGACGAAGUUUUUGAAGCAGAUGAAGAAGAGUAUAAAAAAGAUGUGGAACAAACAGUAGUUACAGUACAAAAUCAGUUGGAGAAACAGGAACAGUUAAUGGAUAAUUUGCUAAAAGUAAGCUCAAAUAUAGCAACAUUAAUGCAAAGACAUUUAAAGGCAGUGGAAAGAAAAACCUCUAUAAUGGAGAGGCAAUUGAAAUUGAAUAAAUAUCAUAAUGUAUUUUUGCGGCGAAAGGAAGCUAAAAAAUUUAAGAAAUUGUAGAAAAUUACAAUACAUGUUACAGAAUAGUAUUAUUUUUAUCAUUUUCUAUUAUUAAAUUAUUUUUAAGAGUGUAAAAAAAACUAAUAUUAAUUAAUAAACUAAUGAAAUAUAUUUGUACAGUAAUAA